CCGACAUUCAGAUUUUUUUUACGCGUCUGGUUGAGUAUGGAAAAAAGCCAUCAGAAAACAUAUUAAUUCCCCUGUGCUAAAAGGCAUCCGAAUCCCCAUCUAGAAUAAUUGUGUAGCGUGUCACUGUGAUUCUGCCAACAUAAUCCAGUGUUGACUAGCUCCAUUUUUGUAUAUUGUUUUGUCAUCUGUUGUGUGUAAGCAAACUGAUCACGUGUGUAGGUGAGGUCUCCAGCAAUUUGCUAUAUGGAAGCUGCAACCGAAUCCACAACAGAAGAUUACCCGACCAAUCUGACAAUCGAUGACGACCCGUUUGGAGAUGACUACACCAGCGUAUCGGAGGACCUUUUCUACUACUAUUACUAUUAUGACGUCAUCGUUCUUAUCCUGAGACUGAUCCUUUGCGUCCUUUUUGUUUCUGCCAGCAUAUUCUUGGCGAUCGUUAUUCUAAGGUUCAAGCGACUGCACACCAGGAGCAACAUCUACAUUCUACACAUGUGCUUUCUGCACGUGUUCGUUUACACGCUACCUCUGUUGUAUUUCAUCAUUUAUGUGAUGAUAAGAGGACAUCUACAUGAAUCAGCAUUUUUCCAAACACUCAGUACGACACUUUCAUUAUACAUAACCAUUGGUUUUUUGUUAGGCGUCGAUUGGUUCGUGUUUGCACGAAAGCCAAAUUGGGUAGGUACUUAUGAUAGGUACUUCAAGUAUGUUUUGGCCUUUGUAUAUCUAAUCUUUAUACUAGAAUGGGCAGUAGCCUUUUUUUACUCCAGAGUGUAUCACUUAGUUGUACUUAGGUCUUUAGUAUUCUCUAUAUUUUAUAUUUUAUAUAUUACGGUGUUGAUAGUAUUGAAUAUCCUGAAGAGGUGGCUGUUUUUGACAUCAGCGUCCAAAAGGACUGAGUAUGCUUUUAUCGUAUCAAAUAUCACGCUAUUCAGUUUCCUUCCAUUGUUGAUUUUUCACACAAUCAAUGAAUUUACUCUACAUGUAAGUCCCUAUUUUAAUCUUUUCAUGCAUUAUUUGGAACCUGUUCCUUCGACCAUAGCUCUUGGCCAUCCAAUUUUGAUUGUGCAUUUGCUAGGAAAGGAGAAUAAAUAUUUCAGGAUGGCGUAUAGCAAAAUGUUCAAAAGAUCGCUUAGAAACUACAUUGAUGACAAUUUGGACGAUUCUUCAGAUCGGGGUAACGACAGUAGCGCAAAUCUGAUCACAGAAACUAGGAUAGAUCUCAAUAGAUAAGACGAUGCUUGAUCAACGUAAUACUACAGUUUGAGCUGAUUUGAGAUGGAAUCAGAAAUAUCUGUUUGUUUAAGCUGUGAAUAUGGUUAUGAAUACAAUAUAAGUUGAUGGGCAUUAUCUGGGUCAAGUCCUUGCUUUUACUGAAUACCAUGUAACACAAGUCCAUAAAAUUUAUGAAAGAAUUCGCUAACGAACAGCUAAUAAAGAGCGGUAGCUUUCCCUAAUAAACAUAAAACUCAUCCAUCAUUAUAAAUCUUCUAGUAUUUAGAAACAUGAGUGUAUACUAUUCUUGAUCAGUUAACUUGUAGUAUCUUGAAUAAAGAAGCUUAAAUAUGAAAAAAUGGGUCGCUUAUCCGCUUUCAUUCAGACAUCUGGGGAUAAAUAUGCGUUAUUAUGUAAUAAAGUUAUACCAAGACAGCCCUUGAAUUAAAUUCACGAAAAAACUGUAAUUUAGCUUUUUGAAACCGAAAGUAAAGUGCGUUUAGCUGAAAAACGACGGUAAGGGACAUUAUUUCUGUGUAAGGCUUUACUGUAACUACAUAUCUACUUCUUAGAACUUAUAACAAGUGUAUAAUAAAUUAUUGUGUAUACAUGUAUUUUGUUUAAUGUAUAUAAACAUAGACUUAUUACAUUAUCGACAACAAAGCUUUUGUUUUUAAGAUGCAUCUGAGUUAAGUAGGCAGAUCUUUAUCAUGUACAGUAUGUGUUAAAUACGUAUCCAAACUUGCCGAUGUCAUUAAUAAUUAAUUGCAAAGAGUGUUGCCAUGACUAUACUGGAUAAUUAAAUUGCGGCACUUCGAGAUUAGUGGUGAAGCUUCUUUGUCUAAUAAACACUUAAUGAGAUUAAGCGUACUGUACUGUAUAACUUAAUUAAAUCAAGAGAUAUCACCCAGUUGAUCAAUUUUAAUGACCGCGAAAUGA